GCCUGUGUGCAUGUAUGAGGGCAGUAGAGUCGAUAUUUCGCGCUUUUAUAGAUAAACAGAAGCUGAAGAGGAACUUGCUGAACUUUUUGGUCCCACUGAAAUAGGACAUCAUGCCUGUUCGACGGGGACACGUUGCGCCCCAGAACACCUUUCUGGACACCAUCAUUCGCAAAUUCGAGGGGCAGAAUCGCAAAUUCAUCAUCGCCAAUGCUCGAGUUGAAAACUGUGCCAUUAUCUUCUGCAAUGAUGGCUUUUGCGGCAUGUGCGGCUACACACGUGCAGAGGUCAUGCAAAAGCCGUGUACAUGCAGUUUUCUGUAUGGACCGCAUACUGGAAGACCAGCGAUGGCCCAGAUGGCCAAAGCCUUACUGGGCUCUGAAGAAAGAAAAGUGGAGAUCUGUCUAUACAGAAAAGAUGGUGUUUGUUUGCCGUGCCUUGUGGAUGUGGUUCCAGUUAAGAAUGAGGAAGGUUUAGUCAUCAUGUUCAUCCUGAACUUUGAGAUAGCGGGUCAGUCGGACAGACCCAUCGACAGCUCACCGGCCAGACACAUCAACCACAAACACACCAUCCCCUGGCUCUCUAAAGCAAGAAGACACAAACUCAGGUUGCCUUUGCCCCUGCUACGCUCCCUGAGUGGCAGUAAACAGUCUCUGCAUGACGAUUCUGAAAAAGGCUACAUGCAGCCAAUGCCCCAUAUGGGCCACGAGUCUGUAGCCCUGGACAAACUGCUCUCCCUGCCUGAACGCUCUGCACUCGGGGGAUCUCAGCUGUUAUGGGAAGAUAAGGCUCAAAAUGAGCCUGAAAUUGAGCCGCGGCCAUCAGAAGGGUCCCCUCCCCUGCCCCAGGGCUUCUCCCAGUCCUCCCUGCGUCUGCGCAACCUUACCUCAGAGGCCUGUCCGUCCAGUUGCAGUAUGGCUCACAGUCGCUCCUGUGAGAGCCUGUGCGGCAUGCGGCCUUCACCCUCCACCACUGACUUCAACUGGGACAGGAAGCUGCCCGUCAGACCUAGUAGCACAGGCGCCAUGCACCGCAAAGCCAGCUUACAGAAUGCUACUUCUGACUCAGAUCUCAUUCGGCUCCGGACCUCAGUUCGGGGUCCUCAAAUGCCACACAACUUAGAUAUGAAGCCGGACCCCUUAAUUGCUGUUCCGCCUAGUGAGAUUGACAUCCUCGCCCCCUGCAAACUAAUAGACCGGACCCAUAAUGUGACAGAGAAGGUCACUCAGGUACUGUCUCUGGGUGCGGAUGUCCUACCUGAGUAUAAGCUGCAGGCUCCCCGUAUCCAUAAAUGGACCAUCUUACACUACAGCCCCUUCAAGGCAGUCUGGGACUGGGUCAUCUUGCUGCUGGUCAUCUAUACAGCAAUCUUCACACCUUACUCAGCUUCGUUUCUGCUCAGCGACGAAGAAGAGGCCGCCAUGCAGCGCUGCGGUUACUCCUGCAGUCCACUCAACGUGGUGGACCUCAUUGUGGAUAUCAUGUUCGUAGUAGACAUUGUGAUUAACUUUCGCACAACCUACGUAAACAGCAACGACGAAGUGGUUAGUCAGCCUGGACGGAUAGCCAUCUACUAUUUUAAAGGCUGGUUCCUCAUUGACAUGGUGGCUGCCAUCCCCUUCGACUUGCUCAUUUAUCGUUCAGGGGAAGAGACAACUACUCUGAUUGGCCUGCUGAAGACUGCUCGGCUGCUGCGAUUGGUGCGUGUGGCACGUAAACUGGAUCGUUACUCUGAGUAUGGCGCUGCGGUGCUUUUUCUCCUCAUGUGCACCUUUGCACUUAUCGCCCACUGGCUGGCCUGCAUCUGGUAUGCUAUUGGGAACGUGGAGAGGAACAGUAAUUCUCGGAUUGGUUGGCUUGAGUCUUUGGGGGAUCAGCUGGGGAAGCCUUAUAAUAUUUCGAUAUCUGGCUCAGGACCCUCGAUUAAAGAUAAAUAUGUCACUGCCCUCUACUUCACCUUCAGUAGCCUCACCAGCGUGGGCUUUGGAAACGUCUCCCCAAACACCAAUUCCGAGAAGAUCUUUUCUAUCUGUGUCAUGCUUAUUGGAGCGCUGAUGUAUGCUAGCAUAUUUGGAAAUGUGUCAGCCAUCAUCCAGAGGCUGUACUCUGGCACUGCACGUUACCACACUCAGAUGCUGCGGGUUCGGGAAUUUAUCCGUUUCCACCAGAUCCCCAACCCACUCAAGCAAAAACUGGAGGAGUACUUUCAACAUGCUUGGUCCUACACGAACGGCAUUGACAUGAAUGCUGUGCUGAAGGGGUUCCCAGAGUGCUUACAGGCAGACAUCUGUUUGCAUCUAAAUCGUACAUUGCUGCAGAACUGUAAAGCUUUCAGGGGUUCCACUAAAGGCUGUUUACGUGCUUUGGCUAUGAAGUUCAAGACCACACACGCCCCACCAGGAGACACCUUGGUCCAUGCUGGUGAUGUGAUUCCAGCGCUAUACUUCAUUUCUCGUGGCUCCAUUGAGAUCUUAAAGGGAGAUGUGGUAGUGGCCAUUUUAGGCAAGAAUGAUAUAUUCGGAGAGCCCAUUAACUUAUUUGCACGUCCUGGAAAGUCCAGUUCUGAUGUGAGAGCACUGACGUACUGUGACCUGCACAAAAUCCACAGAGAUGAUGUACUGGAAGUCUUGGACAUGUAUCCAGAAUUCUCAGAUUACUUCUGGAGCAACCUGGAGAUCACCUUCAAUUUGAGAGACACUAACACUAAAGCCGGGUCAACGAGCAGUGACCCUGAUGAUUCUGACCAUGGCUGUCUUGACCCUCACACGCGAAGUACAAAGCUGUUGUUUCGUUCCAUAAGAAACUCUAGCGGACAAGUAACAGACACAGAGUGGACAGAAGACAAGCUCAAAAGGAUGACUCUCCAAACACAGGUCCCAAACAAACAGCACGAGGACAGACAAGCCGCUCAUCAGGAGCAGGAUAUCUUUGCUUCCCAGUCCAGCAGUGAUGAAGAGGAAGAGACUCGACGGCCCACUACGAUAGUGGACUGCUCUCAGAGCCAUAUCACUAGCAUAAGCAAUGCUAAAAGGGACAAGAACCUCAAAACCAGUAACUCUUUCAACGUGCUGUCAGGAGCUCUUUCGGGGGUUUCUAACGUCUUCAGCUUUUGGGAGGACAGUCGUGGCCAUCAGUACCAGGAAGUACCUAGCCACAGCAUGUCUUUCACCUCAUCUUCGGUUCCCUCCAAUACCGUCCUGAACAAUGUCACCCAUCGUCAUUGCACUGAGGUAGAGAACAGACUGGAAAUGAUGCAUAGACAACUCCAGCGAUUGGAGAAGCGUAUGUCAACAGACAUUGGGGCCAUAAUGCAGUUGCUUCAGAGGCAGAUGGUGCUGGUUCCACCAACCUAUAGCUCUGUGACGUCCCCUACAGAAGCACCUCCAAAUCCACCCAAACCAGGCCAGAAACUGGUCCAUCCUUUAGAGACAGAAAUGCCAGCCAUUCUUUCUGAGAUACUUGAUCCCCACUACUCUGCUGGCAGUCCCAGUGAAAGUAUGCCAGGUACAACGGAUUGUUCCCUACAGCCCUCCUUUGAGACUCCUUGUAGGGCUUAUACAGGGAGAUGGCCACAUACCAUGAGCCACAAUGCAGGGAACACAUCUGGUAAUCUUACAGCACUCACCGGCCGCCAACAAACAGUCAUGGUUGAUCAAGGUAGUUAUUGUUUCAUAAAUGCAGAGCCUAUUGGAACUGUUCACCAUCCACAGGCUGGUCGGAGGACAGAUUUAGAGUCCUCCGAGUGUUCAAGACGCCUGUCAUUGCCAGCGCAACAUCAGGUAGAGGAUGAUUCCUCAAUCCAAAAAAGACAUGACUCUGAUCCUAGGUGUUAAGAGUGAAACUUUUUUGCACCAUCUCAGUGGAAAACAAUGCGUACAACCUGACGGACCACCACAAUGUUGGCAGGAUGUUUUGAAGAUCUUCUACUUCAGGUUCAUGUUGAUUACCUCAGAAAGUCUGUUGUAGAGGCAUCGUUAAUGUCCCUGUAGUUUGGUAAAUUUGUAUUAGCUGGUCUAACGACACUCAGUAGCUGCGUUUGCAUGGUUCAAUCGGAAUGAAAUCAAUCCGAUUGAUGAAUACGAACAUGGUGUUUACAUCAACGAUAAAUGAAGUAAUCGGGUUGAUGUUCACGUUUUAAAUGGGACCUGAUCAAUGUUGUCUCCAUGACAACUUGCUGUGGAUCGCUAUGACAAUCCUGCGGACUUAGGCACCUAGAUUAUGAUGCCAGCCAUAGCGACUCUCCAGGCCUACACAUACAUGUACAACUCAGACAUACUGUACAUACACAGAUAUGCAAUCACCCGCCCCAUACCCCAUCCCUCGCCUUCGCCGCUUAGUCUGACAGGCGGGUCUGUGACUAGCACCGAAAUGGUUGCAGGACUGGAUGGCUGUUUGCCUGCGCUGGGCUACCUCCAU